GGUCAACGGGGGGGAGAUCCCCACCUGAAUUUUCCAUUAGGGCCUUGUGAAGGCCAAAAUUCUUAUACAAUAGUUUGUUCAGCAAGAAAAACUAGGAGAGGGGGAGGUUUUACAGGUAAUAUGGCUGCAAUUUAUCAGAGACUCUGACAAUAAGCCUGUUCGUUUUGGCUACAAUAAGAAAAUAUAAUACGAAUUCUUCAACAAGUCUCCCAGGAAAGCCUGCUUUGUAUUUUCUCCUGCUUUAGUGAAUGAAAUAGGCGCUAUCUUGUGCACAAAAGAAACUUCAGCAAAAAUAUGCCAAAUGAGUUAUUCUCCCUUGCCAAUGAUGCUGCCAGCUCCACGGCAUCCUAUUCUCCAGUGUCAUGAUCAUCUAUCAGACAACCUAUAUCUUUCAUGUUUGUUCUUAGUCCUUACUGAGACGACAUGGCUUGACCAAAUUGAGCAGUGUAAUCGUUGCACCUCCCUUUUUCUUGAAGGUAACUUCAUAGACAGUUCCUCAAUAAAUACAUAGAUUCUUUUCAGAGGCAUGCUAAAAUUGAACUGUAACCUACCCCUAUGCUCGAAAUUCUUCAUGAGACUUCUCGCUGAAGAACGAAAUGCUCUUGUGCAAUAUGCUUAUCGUUCUGGACAGCAGUAUGCUGACCCUCAAGGCAUCUAAUUCUUAUCCCCAGUUAUCCCCCCACAUCCUGCUGCCUCUUUAAAAGAGUUACACCUUUUGGUUUGUUGUGCAAUUUCUACGCUAGCUCUGACUGAACCUUCAGCUGCAGACCUUACCACCUGUGCACCUCUGCAAAUCUCUGGAAGCAAGCAUGCAGCAACCUCAGAGGAAGAUGGUUGUGUCCAAGAAGCUCAUGAAGGUCGGCCCAUGGGGCGGCACCGGGGGACACCCAUGGGACGACGGCGGCCACUCCGGGAUCCGCAGCAUCACCGUUUCCUACGACCGCUUCAUCGACAGCAUCAGCGUGGAGUACGACCACGACGGCCUGGCCGUCCCCGGCGAGCGGCACGGCGGAGCCGGCGGCAACCACACGACCCAGGCACGUUCAAUAUAUGAAACCAUCGGUUGGUUGCUCCCGCUCACAGUCACAUGUGGUUUUGUUGGCUGGAUGUGCAAGCGCGCAGAUCAGGCUGGGCUUCCCGGACGAGCACCUGACGGGCGUGAGCGGGCACUACUCCCCGAUCGCGGCCGGCGGGUCGCCGGUGAUCCGGUCGCUGGCGUUCCGGAGCAACCAGAGGGCGUACGGGCCGUUCGGGGUGGCGGAGGGCGCGGCGUUCACGUUCCCGGUGGACGGGGGCGUCAUCGUCGGCUUCUGCGGGCGGAGCGGCUGGCAGCUCGACGCCGUCGGGCUCUACGUUGCGCCGCUGCGGCCGGAGAGGAUGUACGACCGGGUGCAGAAGCUCGGGCUCUCGGCGUACCGGGCAGUGAUGCACCGGAUCGGGCCGCCGCCGCCGCAGCAGCAGCAGGAGCAGGCGAAACAGGAGAACGGCAAAGCUCAGAAACAGAUAACCCACAAGACGUAGUGGCUACUGUCACUUGUCAGGAUGCGAACCAAGGCUGUUCCUGUAUGUAUCCAGCAUUCCAGCUAGUGUAUGAAUCUAGACAUCUAGUGUACCUGAAGUGCUUGAUACACUUAUGCAGAGAUUCUAGUAGAAUACAACACGAUUUGAAUAUCAGCGACUGCAGCUUCUGUGCUUCAGAGAGAUGGCUGAAGCUGGAAAUGCGCGCCGACAUGGGCAGAACGCUGCCGCCGGCUGGUGAUUCUACGGCCGAGUCGCCAGUCGACAUUGGCUGACCUUCACAACUCCGAUUUGCUGUCGCAGCGACAGAUAACCUGGUUGGCCAGCUGGUAUACGCGCUGCGUAGAUAUAGUGAAAAUUACGACCUCUAAAUACGGUUCCCUACACCAUACGAUUCCAAACUCGCUGGUCAUCUAGGUCAUCACAAGCAAAGUGGCCAGUCCUCUACUCUUGACGAGCAACCGGCAGUACGUGGAGCAAGAUACCAAUUGGAGCGGACAGCUAAAAUCUAUGUUCAGCCUAACCACAAAUAUUCAGGCGUUGCAAAUGGAGAGCUUAGUCAAAAUGAAGAUCCGCAAGACGGCAAGACAACUAGACUAGCGCA